AUGAGCACCAUCACCGGAAGUUGUUUAUGCAAUGCCUGUUCCUACGCCUACACCGGCUCGCCAGCCCUCAAAGCGCUAUGCCACUGCAUUUCCUGCCGCCGCAUAUCCGGCAGCAGCAACACCGUCAACUACGCCGUCCCAGAGCAGGCCUUCCGCCUAACGAAAGGCAACCCCAGAUCGUUCUCCAAAGACCAUGAAUACGGCAUGGUGUUGACGAUCUUCUUCUGUCCCGACUGUGGCACUACGCUGUGGAAAGAGGCCACGGCUAAGCAGUUGCAGGGACUGAAACUAGUUCAGGCGGGCACGUUGACCGAGCCUGCAUCGUUGGACGAAGGCGUCGAUGCGGAGUUUUAUACGUCCACUAGAGUGCCGUGGAUUCUUCCUUUGGGGGAGGUUGAGCAGCGGGGACAGUUUUAG